UUCUUCACUAUUUAUAUAUCUUCUUCUUGUCCCUUAAGACAACUUAUAUCCCCCCUCAAAAUAAAUAAAUAAAAAUGGGCAAAUUCAUCGGCAUUUUCGCUUGUCUUUUGAUCGUAUCUCUCGACAUUAUUGCCGGAGUUCUUGGGAUCAGAGCCGAAGCAGCUCAAAACGAGGAAAAGCAUUUGAGGCUAUGGAUAUUCGAGUGUAAGGAACCGAGUCACGACGCGUAUGUACUAGGUUUAGCGGCUGCAAGCAUCCUCGGAAUAGCACAUGUUCUUGCAAACUUGCUUGGAGGAUGUAGUGCUUGCACUCAAGAAGAGAUUCAUAAAGCUUCUCCUACUAAACAAUUAUCUAUGGCUUGUCUUGUUUUCACUUGGAUCAUACUUGCUGUAGGAAUGUCGAUGCUGGUGAUCGGAAUAAUAUCGAACCAUAAAUCGAGAGCGUCGUGUGGAUUUACGCACCACCAUUUCUUGUCUAUUGGAGGGAUUUUGUGUAUGGUUCAUGCCAUGUUUGCUGUUGCUUACUAUGUUACUUCCACUUCUGCACUUGAUUAGUAAUUUAAUUUGCAGAUUGAUUAAUUAGACAACUUAAUUAUUUUUUUACUUAUUUUUAAUUAUUAUUAUGUAUUUUUCGAUUUUUUUUUUUUGGUGGGACUCGAGACAUCGUGGAUCUUGAUUUCGGGGGCUUUUUUUCGGCUUUUGUGUUAUAAUUUUAUUGUUUUUUGACUUAUGGAGAUUUGAACAUUGUAAUAGAAUUUUUGAACCCUUGUUUGCUAGUUUCCAUGGAUAUUGAUGCAAUCAUGUUUAACUAUGCUUUAAUAUAGCAUUAUUAAUAUUAGAAAUUAGGACAUAAUUUUUUCUUUUUUCCUUUUUUAUAAUUUUCUUUUAUGUUUUACCAUUUUUAUCCUUAAUGAUUUUGGCUCCAAGUUUCCCUCCUAA